GCCGCAUAUGCGCCACACGUCUCAAUGGGUUGUCCGAAUGAGCGAACAUCCUGAAUGCAGAUCUGCAGCACAUGUCAUCGGCCCCGAAGUUCUGCAGCUGCUCAGCACACAUAAACCAACCAAUACCAUGCAAGGGUUCCUCGCCGCUGCUCUGCCAUGACCCACCACCGCAAAAAGUUACCUCCGAAAGGCACAAAGCCUUUGACCUCGUACUUUAAUAGUGUUCCCCCCAAGAAGGGCGGGCUGAUUACGACGUACUUCGGAAGAUCCGAUAGUGCAAACCAGGAGGAAGAAGAGCCUAUUGUGACGCCUCCGGAGCCGGAAGAUAACAUGCCUGCAUUGCCCGUCAAAAGUGAAAGCGACGAUAGGGCGGGAAAUGCGCGGACCCCUGGCUUAAAACGCAACAAAUCCAUUGAUGAUGGGUACAGGCAGCCAAAGAGAGUGAAAAUAGAAGUAGAAAUAGUAUCACCACCACGAAGAGCAAGCUCCAGCCGGGCUCAAGCAACUACAGCGACAAAGGAGGGCAAAGUGGACCCAAUCCUCGAAACGCCCGUACGAGCUACCUCUACGAUUGCAAAUGCGCCACGGACCGCGGACCCGAAUGCCGUAUCGGAUGAUGACGCCCUGUCUGACCAUGAAUUUAGAUUGGGGCAGGAAGUGGAGUUGGAAGUGGCUUCAAGAAGAAGCCUAUGUUUACUAUGGACAAACUGCUUGCCGACAAAAGAAAGCUGGACAAGAGACGCGAACAGCAAAAGAAUCUUGAGAUUGCCAUCGAACAAGUUGUGAAACGGGAGACUGAUGGGUCUGUAGGGGAAGACAAUAUCCCCGCAGUCUCUGGGGAGAUCUUGUCGGAUGAGACGAAAGAAGUGAUGAAAGACGUAGGUUACGCGUUACUCUUUUCGCUGCCUCAACAGCAAGUGUCUAGCAUCUUCCCACCCAAAGAUCUUGAAACCACUGCCACAUGUCAAACGGGCUCAUCGGUUACGCAUUCUGAGACCAAAGGUAGGCGACUUACGC